AUGCGUGGUGGUAUUCAAAAUUCGAAAUCAUCGCCGAAUAUUGCGAGACCCGCGCAUUUGGUGUUCCCUGAGGAUUGUAUCGGCCAGUUGCGACCGAGGACGGGUAGUUUAGACGACGAGAAGAAGUCUGAUGAUCCGACGAUUGGAUUUUUCACGCCUCGAGCGACAGUUAAAGAAAAAACACCAGUUUUUAAUAUUCCUUCGAUAGUUGUUGAGCAUAAUGCCGAUUCGCCGAGGGAAGAAAUCCUGAAUGCUGAUGAAUACGAAACGCGGAAUAUCAAGUCUUCGUCGAAUUAUGAUAGUGUUAGCGAUAUUCUAGACGCUGUGAAACAAAGAUUGCGAAAAAUUUCGAAUGUCACGCCUUCAAUGAGACCGCCAGCUUCGAAUUCCAGAGAAAAUGCUUCAGAAGGUUCGCUAGGAGAUGGAAAAAUUCAAUUCGCGUUGUCUCAAACGCCGCCGGUGAGCUAUGAGCGUGGAAGUGCGGGUCUCGCCGCGAACCAUUCACAUCAGCAGCCGACACUGUCGCCGGUAAUUCAGUGCUUUUCAAAAGAGUGA